UCAAUCCACAUCCAUUUCCACAGACAAAAACACAUACCAUCAAGAAACCCAUCCACAUCUCUCCUAUAGAAGCGGAACCUAGCUUAGCCAUGGCAAACCCUGCCUAUUUCACUAGUGCUCCGGUUACCCAAGAGAUCCCGCAGACUGAGCUUAACUUUCACUUGUACAUGUACCAGUGGAUGGAAGGGACACCGAGUGGUAACGAGAAACGUGCAGUGGCAGUAGGGGGUCGCAAUGCAUUUGGAAGCAUCUAUGCCAAUGACUGGACCAUGUAUGAUGGUCCUGACCCAAACGCGAACCUUGUCGCGCGUGUUCAGGGUGUGCAUACUAACUGCGACAUGGUCCUUCCCGACUCAUGGUUAGUCUGUGCCAGCAUAGUGUUCGUGGAUCAAAGGUUUAAGGGAUCUACCCUGAAGGUGGUCGGAAACUACGGAGGUGGAGGUGUGGAUGAAUGGGCGAUCGUAGGCGGGACCGGAGAGUUUGGAUUUGCACAAGGUGUUGGCACCUUCAAAAAAUUCAAAGAGAUGGACGGGAACGGGAACAUUAGGGAGUUCAACAUCCGUGUUCGGCACCCCACUCCAGUGCUCGCUCCUGCCAAAAAGGUUGGGCCAUUCGGUGGGGACGCAGGGAGAGAUUUCGACAUCCCCGAGCAGGCUCAGCGUGUGGAGAGCGUGACAAUUCGCAGUGGCAGCGUCAUUGAUUCAAUUGCAUUUUCUUACGUUGACAAAGUUGGGAAGAAGCAAACUGCUGGUCCAUGGGGUGGUAAUGGAGGGAACGAGGAAACGAUCACCUUUGCUCCUACGGAGACUCUGAAGAAAGUUUACGGAACUACCGGCACCUUCAGAGAAAACAUUGUUGUUACAUCACUUACCUUUAUCACCGAUCUCAAGGCAUAUCCAACUUUUGGAAAUGCACUCGGUGGUACUGCUUUCAUCAUACCGGAGAAGGAAGCGAGCGUUCUCGGCUUCUUUGGCCGUGCUGGAUUGUGGCUCGACGCAAUCGGUGCUUAUUACGCUGCAAAUUAGUACAAGUUCCUUUUCCACGGAUGUAGCUGCGUUCAAGUAUUAUUCCACAAAUAAAAUGGACACUUGUUGUCCUCAUCACAUGGAGUCUGUGAUUUUGUUGUAACCAACCAUUUUGUUAAAUGUAAGUGUGGCCCCUUUUGCUUAA